UCCUGGUCGCAAACGCUACACCUGCCCAAGUCGACUUUUCCCGCCAGACCCUCCACUCAGGAACUUCUCAAAUACCGGAAUCAAUGCGCCGACGACUUUUAUGCCUGGCAGAAGGAAAACCGACCGAGCGAGAACGAGAGAGGCGAGCGCAACACCUUUACCCUUCACGAUGGUCCUCCAUAUGCAAACGGCCCUGUACAUGUUGGGCACGCUUUGAACAAAAUCAACAAGGACAUCAUCCUGAGAACAUACGCAAAGAGAGGCUUCAGGGUCGAAUACAGGCCAGGAUGGGACUGUCAUGGCUUGCCAAUUGAGCUCAAGGCUCUUCAGGCGCAUCAACGAUCGAGCCUGCACAAAGAAUCUAAAAGCCUGGUAGAUGAUCCCAAGCAGGAGGCCAGUGUUGCCCAUGGUGCUGGUCUCAGCCCAUUGGACAUCCGCAAGGCUGCUAAGGAGCUGGCAACAAAAACCAUCUCAGAGCAAAUGGAGGCUUUCCGAUCCUGGGGAGUCAUGGGCGAAUGGGACAAGCCAUACAAGACCAUGGACGCCGACUUCGAGAUCAAGCAGCUGCAAGUCUUCAAAGACAUGGUCGCAAAAGGUCUGAUCUACCGCCAGAACAAGCCCGUCCACUGGUCGCCCUCCUCCAGAACCGCCCUGGCCGAGGCCGAACUCGAAUAUGACGAGGACCACCGUGUUGUCGCUGCUUUCGUCAAGUUCCCUCUGCUUGAGCUGCCCUCAGCACUCGCCAACAACUCGGCCGUCCAGGCCGACUCGGUCAGCGCCUUGAUUUGGACCACAACGCCCUGGACUCUACCUGCCAAUAAGGCUAUCGCCGUGCGUUCCGAUAUGUACUAUGUACUGCUCCAGGUCACCGGUAAUGACCUACCCAACGACCUGCAAGGCCAAAUGAUUGUUGCAAAGGACCGUGUCGAAUCCCUUCAUACUCAUCUGCCAGAGGGCGCCGCCAUCAACGUCCUUGUCGACAAUAUUUCUGGUUCUGACCUGGAGAACACCGAGUACAUCAACGUCAUCUCUGCUGAGCACAACAGAAUCAUCCACGCCGACUUCGUCACUGCUACCUCGGGUACUGGUCUCGUGCAUAUCGCCCCUGGUCAUGGUAUGGACGAUUACAAUGUUUGCAUGAAGCUGGGCAUUGGUCCUGCUUUUGCCCCUGUCGAUGAUCAUGGAAAAUACACCACCAAGGCUUUCCCCUCAGAUCCUUCCUAUCUUCAUGGCCUCCCUGUCGAGAAGCAAGGCGCGAAGGCUGUCGUCGCCCUGCUCAGGAACCCUCACUCAAGGCUUUCCGUGCCUUCGCUCAAGUCCGGUUCCUCUCUGGUCUUCAAGACCCACAACUUCAGACACAAGAAUCCUAUCGAUUGGAGAACAAAGCAACCAGUCAUUACCAGAGCUACCGACCAAUGGUUUGCCAAUGUCGGAAGCGUCCAGGAAUCCGCUCUCAAGGCUAUUCAAGACAUCAUGUUCAUUCCAGACACUGGCAAAUCGCGCCUAGAGAGUUUCUUGAAGGGCCGUAGUCAGUGGUGCAUUUCCCGUCAGCGAAGCUGGGGUGUACCCAUCCCAGCCUUGUUCCAUAAGGAGACUGGCGAGGCACUUCUCACCGUCAAGAGCAUUGAGCACAUCAUCAAGACCAUUCAACAGCGUGGUACUGAUGCUUGGUGGGCUGAUACCCCCGACGAUCCUGCUUGGAUUGCACCUGGACUUGAUCGUGAUUCAUAUGUUCGCGGAAAAGAUACUAUGGAUGUCUGGUUCGACAGUGGAACAUCUUGGGCUCAACUCCACAAGCGUGAAGACGGCUCCGUUGCAGACAUGAUAUUUGAGGGUUCUGAUCAACAUCGUGGUUGGUUCCAAUCUCUCCUCCUAACUCAUCUCUCUGGUCAGACUGAUACUGCAAAUGCUCCUGUUGGAGCCAUUGUUACCCACGGCUUCACCCUUGAUCAGGCCGGUCGCAAGAUGAGCAAGUCUUUGGGCAACGUUAUCUCGCCCGAGGAGAUCAUCAGCGGAACUAUCAUCCCUCCUGCAAAGACAAAGAAAGGAACAAAGGUUGUCCCUCGCCCCACUCAAACCAAGAAAGACCCCAUGGGCCCCGAUGCUCUACGAUUAUGGGUUGCAAGCAGUGACUAUACCAAGGAUGUUGUCAUUGGCCAGCCUGUCCUCCAAGCUGUACACUCAUCACUCCACAAAUACCGCACGACGUUCAAGUGGCUACUCGGAGUCAUGCACGAUUAUCCUGCUCCUUUGCCUGUUGAAGACUUUAUGAAAGAACUUUACUUCGCUGACCAGGUUGCCCUACACCAGCUAUCCAAGACUGCAGCAGAAGUCUGGAAGCACUACGCCGCCUACGAGUUCCACAAGGGCGUACAAGCUCUCAACAAAUUUAUCAAUGCAGAUCUCUCCGGAUUCUACUUUGAGGUCAUAAAAGAUAGAUUGUAUGCCGAGGACGAAGAGGUUCGUAGGCAUACGCAAACGGUGCUCUUCAUCAUCAUGGAAGAGCUCUGUCAUAUGUUGGGCCCCAUUACGCCUCACCUUAUCGAAGAGGUAUGGCAACACAUUCCUGAAGAGUGGCACCAAUACGACGUCAUGAACAUCAACCGAAGAACAUGGGAAUACCCAUUCAGUGCCGAAUUUGACUCCUUCAAAGCUGAGGGUGCGAUGGAGAAAGUGAUAAAAGUCUUCAACACUGUUUCAACAGCCGUCAAAGCCGCUCAAGAAAAUGCACGUAGAGCAGGCAGACUUGGUAGUGGUCUGGCAUGCCGUGUUGAAUUACGGAUGCCUCGUGAGACAGGCAGUGUAUGCUUGGCUUUGCUGUCCGAUCUACGCAGCACCGAUGAACUAGCCGAACUCUUCGUUGUAUCUGAAGCUGACAUGGUUCCCGACGAUCCUGACUUCCGCCGCAAGAUUGCGGAACAAGAACCUGAUGAGGAGCUUCGCGCCACACUUCUUGAACCCGAAGAGCCGCCAGCUUGGAAAUUCGAAUGUGAAUUUGAAUGCGGAGACGAGAAUGCACCUGCUACAGGAAAGGCUGUCGUCUUGCCUCCCAACGGAGAGAAGUGCAUUAGAUGCUGGCAAUUUACCUCCGACGAGCCCGACUCGCUUUGUGGAAGAUGUGUUGACGUUGUUGGUGACGAAGUA